AUGCGCUCUCAGUCCCUUGUGGCAGCUCUCAGCGCUCUAGGAUCAGCAGCUCUAGCAUUACAUGACCAGUUUCCAGUCAACACUGCUGCUGAAGAAACCGGUGUUCAACCCUGUGAUGCCACCAACUUGAACGCUGGCAAUGCACACAUUGUCAACUCCAACAGUGAGCAGUGGAGGUUUGACGAAUGCCCUUCCGAGAAUGCUACAAGGAACUUGAUCUUCGACACUGUCCAUUCACUCCUGCAUCUUUGGCCAAAUACACGAUAUCGUAAUGGACAUAACAUAGUACCAGGAAUGAUGCCAACUGGUACUUUGCUCUAUCACGGCACCUACUACGAUACGAUACCAAGUGGGCCCGAAUGGACCGCCACCGACCCUGAGCAUUCUAUCAUUUUCGCUGGUGGAAAUGGAAGUGGCUGGCACCUCACGCUGGCAGCAACGCGACCUCUUAAAGUCUUGUACUUUGAUGGAAGUAGUGCUGCUAAGGUACCCGAAGGUACGAUGGAUAUGCAGGAUAUAAUAGCCUGGGGAAAAGUGCAACCCGAGCGAUUCUUCGAUGAAAAACAACGAAUUAAAGAUCUCUGUACGUGGGGCAAGGUGUUUGGAAUCGACGGUUUCAUAUUUAGGAUGGAAGUGGACUUUGAAGUCAUGUUGUGUGAUUUUACGGCUGGUGUCGAGGUAGUGUCUUUCCUGCAUGUCGUAAUACCAAAGGAGGAAAUGCCAUACCCCCGCUUUCCUCCAAUUGAAUCUGACGUCUGGGUUCGCGCAUUUGAAGUUACGCACUCCGGCUCAUGGCACAAUCGCUACUCAGGAGAUUCUCGCAUUGUUCUCGACCUCACCGGUCUUAUCUCACUGUAUGAUACUGCCCUAGCACCUUCCCUCAUCCCGGUUCGCGCAGGUCUUGAACGGUGCGACCACCGCGUGCUCGGAAUAUCAACAGACGACAUAUCGCAGGUCAUGAGAAAGCUCACCGAAGUUAUCAGUCGACCAGACCCGGUGGGCAGCGGUAUUGACUGGAAGACCCUUAUCCAUGUCAUCGUCGAUCGAUACGCGGAUCGACUCGAGUUGAUGCAGCACCUCCUCAAUUUCACGUCAUCAGACUCGCAAGAACUCUUUCAGCGAGCAAAACUCGCGCAAACACAGCUCCGUGUCAUGCUUACGCCGUAUCUAUUAGAUUCCACCGUCGUCCCUAGCGCAGGCACUCCAGGCGCAGAUGCAUCGCAGUGGGCAUCCCCAAUUUUCAGGCUAUGCGCCACAGCACACACUUCCAAGAUGAUAAAUUAUAUGUCUUCAAUGACACCUUCGGAACGCCUGCUGCUGGAAGCCGUCAAGGACACAACGAGAGAGAUCUGCCGUGUCACUACAAAAAUGUGGGCUGAUGGUGUCACGAGCGGGCUCGACACCCUUUUCCCCGUAGAAUUUAAUGGGGAACCUGACGCCACUCAAAUAAUGGAUUUUUGGAGACACGACGUUCAGAAGCUGAUGUCUUGGUUGGACUGGAGUGUAUGGAUCAAAUGCCGACCUGCCUGCGGCCUAGAGGAAAUGUGCUAUCUCCCUACUUGGCCCAUCAAUGCCCCCAGGCCAAAGAAUCCCCCUCCACUUCCGCGGGACCCACGGAACACCACGGAUGCCCAAGAAGCUGAGUAUCUUGCUGAUCGCGAUUGGAGGAAGCCUCAACCGAAGUGCAUUAGGCGCUUCCAGCCGUACGCAUUGUGA